AUGGCCGACUUCGAGGCAAUGAAGGAUACGUGGAGCGAUGUUGAGGAUCGGGACGGUGUCCGCCUCAGCUGGAACACAUUUCCCAGCUCGCGCAUGGAAGCCUCGCGCCUCGUUGUACCCAUUGGUGCUCUUUACACGCCCCUGAAGGAGAAGACAGACACGCCAUUGCUGCAGUAUGAGCCCGUCGUGUGCCGGGCGCCCUGCAAGGGUGUGCUCAACCCAUACUGUCAGGUUGAUAUGCGCGCCCGCGUCUGGAUAUGCCCGUUCUGCCUCAACCGCAACCAGCUCCCACCCCACUACAAGGACAUCUCGCAGGAACAGAUCCCGCCCGAGCUGCACCCGAGCAGCACCACCAUCGAGUACCGUCUCCCCAAGCCCGCGAGAUGCGCCCCCAUCUUCAUAUUCGUCAUCGACACGUGCCAGGAAGAGGAUAGCUUGAAGGCGCUCAAGGACUCCAUCAUCAUGAGCUUGAGCCUGUUGCCACGCAUACGCCCUCGUUGGUUUGAUCACAUACGGCACAAUGGUAGGAUGAGCAUUGGAUUGAAGGCAUUGAUCGCUGACACAUACCAGACUCAAGUCCACGAGCUCGGCUACACCGAAUGCGCCAAGUCGUACGUCUUCCGCGGAAACAAAGACUACUCCACCAAACAGGUGCAGACUAUGAUCGGCCUGGGCCAGAUGGCAGCCCCUCGUCCCGGCAUGCAGGCACAGCCGGGACAGCCCGGUGGCGCCCCUCCCACUGCUGCAAUGCGCUUCAUCCUCCCUGUCGGUCAAUGCGAAUUCCAGUUGACCAACGUUCUCGAGUCACUUCAGCGGGAUCCUUGGCCAGUCGCAAACGACAAGCGUGCGCUGCGAUGCACCGGUGUCGCGCUGAGUGUGGCUUCUGGCCUUCUCGAGGCGAGCAACUUUGUGAACACAGGCGCCCGCAUCAUGUUGUUCGCCGGUGGCCCAGCGACAGAGGGGCCCGGUAUGGUUGUCGGACCAGAGCUCCGUGAGCCCAUCCGAUCGCACCACGACAUCGACCGCGACAACAUCAAGUACUACAAGAAGGCGCUCAAGUUCUACGAGACUCUUGCCAAGCGCGUCUCGACAAAUGGCCACAUUGUCGACAUUUUCGCCGGAUGUCUGGACCAGGUCGGUCUACUCGAAAUGAGGGGUUUGGCCAACACGACUGGUGGCCAUAUGAUCUUGACGGAUAGCUUCACAUCCUCCAUGUACAAGCAGUCGUUUGCUCGCGUCUUCAACAAGGACGCCGACGACAACCUGCUCAUGGGCUUCAACGCCGAGAUGGAGGUUCUGACCACCAAGGAGUUGAAGGUCACCGGUCUCAUUGGACACGCUGUGUCUCUCAACAAGAAGUCUGUCAAUGUGGGCGAGACCGAGUGCGGUAUCGGCAACACUUGCGCCUGGAAGAUGUGCGGUAUCGACCCAGAAGCCAGCUAUGGUAUCUACUUCGAGAUUGCUGGACAGGGUGGACCGAGUGGGAUGACCGGUGGUGCGCCGCAGGCCAUCAUGCAAUUCCUUACAUACUACCAGCAUUCCUCUGGACAAAUGCACUUGAGGGUGACUACCGUCUCCCGUCCCAUGAGCGGUCCUUCUGGCGAUCCCGCGCUCGCGCAAUCUUUCGACCAAGAAGCCGCUGCUGUGCUCAUGUCGAGAAUAGCCGUGUUCAAGGCCGAGGUGGACGACGGUCCAGAUGUCUUGCGAUGGGUCGACCGCAUGCUCAUCCGACUCUGCUCGCGAUUCGCUGAGUACAGGAAGGACGACCCAUCAUCUUUCAGGCUCGAGAAGAACUUCACGCUGUACCCACAGUUCAUGUUCCAUCUGCGCCGAUCACAAUUCUUGCAGGUCUUCAACAACUCGCCCGAUGAGACCGCUUUCUACCGCCACGUUCUGAACCACGAGGACGUCGGCAAUUCCCUCGUCAUGAUCCAGCCCACACUCGACAGCUACGGCUUCGACCACGAAGGCGGUCAGCCCGUGCUUCUCGACUCGGCAUCCAUUCAAUCGGAAACCGUCCUCCUUCUCGACACCUUCUUCCACAUCCUCAUCUUCCACGGCGAGACCAUGGCUGAGUGGCGGAAAGCGGGCUACCAGGAUCAAGAGGGUUACGAGAACUUCCGCACGCUACUCGAGGCGCCCAAGGAAGAUGCCAAAGACCUCAUCCAGGACCGAUUCCCGUUGCCGCGAUUCAUUGUUUGUGAUGCGGGUGGUUCGCAGGCGCGUUUCUUGCUGUCGAAGCUCAAUCCCAGUACCACACAUCAGACGAGCACCUAUGGCGGUGUUGCGCAGACUGCGCAGACGAUCUUCACGGAUGAUGUUAGCUUGCAGACGUUUAUGGACCAUCUGAUGAAGUUGGCUGUCAGUGGAACGAGUUAA